UCAUCCUUGGAACGGUCAGGACAGGACAGAGUAUGCCACCAACCCACAAAGCUAAACUGAAAGAAAGGUAACACUGCUUAACAGCACCGGCAAGAGAGAGAAACAAACACAAACACAGACAACAUUGUGUAUUGUGUUUUUUAUAGAGCAAAACACAGAGAUCCAACCAACAUCAACAUGGGGUGACACACAAAACUUUAUGCACAUAAUAAUAAUAAAAACACCUGAACUUGUUCAUCGCCGCCAGUGGAAAUCAGAACCCAAUACCUCAAAGUUUCAAACUUUCAAUCUGUUACUGUCAUUUUUGGUAAUUUGUACUUACUCCGGUAUGUCAGGAGGUAUUUGUUCAUUCAUUUUUUGGAGGUUGAUUCACUGAGACCCAACUGAUAAGAAACGGCGUAGACUUUGGUUUGACUUCGUAAUAGCUAGCUUCUUCGAAUCUUUCAAGGGUUAUGUUCCCAUAGCAUCGGAAGAGAAAGUGGUGUUGUCUUUUUGCUGGAGCCAUGGCCACUAAGUCUCAAGCAAACUCCAGGAGAAUGUAUUCAUGGUGGUGGGACAGCCACAUUAGCCCCAAAAAUUCAAAAUGGCUCCAGGAAAAUCUCACAGAUAUGGAUGCCAAGGUGAAGCAAAUGAUUAAGCUUAUUGAAGAAGAUGCAGAUUCCUUUGCCAGGAGAGCAGAAAUGUAUUAUAAAAAACGCCCAGAGCUUAUGAAAAUGGUUGAAGAGUUUUACCGGGCAUAUCGGGCAUUGGCCGAGAGAUAUGAUCAUGCAACUGGAGUGAUCCGCCAUGCCCAUAGGACCAUGUCCGAGGCAUUUCCUAAUCAAGUUCCCAUGAUGCUGACAGAUGAUUUACCUGCAGUUUCUCCUAUGGAGACCGAGCCACAUACUCCAGAAAUGCGCCACCCUGAAAGUGCCUUUCUUGAUCCAGAUGAACCUCAAAAGGAUGCUUCUGCUCCUUUCCAUGCUAUCAAAAGAAAUGGUGGUUAUGCUGGUGAACCCUAUUCUCCUUUGAACAAAACCGGUUUGAAGCAGCUCAAUAAUCUAUACAUCCCUGGAGAACAUGAAAAUCUUCCAAAGUUUGCUAGAAGGGGGCUCAAUUUUUUCGAGACGCAGGAGGAGAGUAAUGAGAAAAACAGUGGAAACAACAACAAUUUGUCCCAGUCUGAACGUGUGAUGAAAGCUGAGACAGAAAUUUUGGCCUUGAAGAAAGCCAUUGCCAAAUUAGAAGAUGAAAAGGAAGCUGGCUUGCUUCAGUAUCAGCAGAGUUUGGAGAAAUUGUCUAAUCUCGAGUUAGAAGUGUCUACUGCACAAGAGAAUUCUCAAAGACUUGAUGAGCGAGCAAGUAAAGCUGAAGCUGAAGUUCAAGCCUUGAAGGAAGCCCAAAUCAAAUUACAGGCUGAAAGUGAAGCUAGUCUUCUUCAGUACCACGAAUGCUUGGAGAAAAUAUCUAAUCUGGAGAAAAAUAUUUCUUUUGCAAAAAAGCAAUCAGGAGAACUUAAUGAACGAGCUACUAGAGCUGAAACUGAAACUGAGUCCCUAAAGCAGGACCUUGCUAGAGUAGAAGCUGAAAAGGAAGCUACCCUUGUUCAAUAUAACCAGUGCUUAGAGACAACAUCUAAACUGGAGGAGAGAAUAAAAGAAGCUGAGGAGAAUGCAAGAAGGAUUAAGGAGCAUGCAGAUAUAGCAGAAAAAGAAAUCAAGGCUUUGAAAUUAGAAGUCACUAAACUUAAUGAAGAAAAGGAAGAUGCCACUCUCCGUUAUCAGCAAUGCUUGGAGAUAAUUUCCAAUUUGGAGUAUAAGCUCUCUUGUGCUGAAGAGGAGGUGCGUAGUCUAAAUUCCAAGAUAGUUGAUGGGGUUGAAAAGUUACAGAGUUCUGAGCAGAAGUGUCUUCUCUUGGAGACAUCAAAUCACAUGCUGCAGUCUGAAUUACAAUCUUUGGCACAAAAAAUGGGGUCUCAAAGUGAAGAACUUAACGAGAAGCAGCAGGAAUUGGGUAGACUUUGGGGUUGCAUACAAGACGAGAGACUGCGAUUCAUUGAGGCUGAAACUGCUUUCCAAACUCUUCAGCAGUUGCAUUCUCAGAGUCAGGAAGAGCUUAGAUCUCUUGCUUCUGAACUUACCAGUAAAGUGGAAAUACUGGGGAAUGUGGAAUCACGUAAGCAGGCUUUAGAGGAUGAAGUACUCAGGGUUAGCGAGGAAAAAAAAAUUCUAAAUGAGGUCAAAAUUUCUUCAUCUUUGUCCAUACAAAAUUUGCAGGAUGAGAUUUUGAAUUUGAGGGAAACAAUAGAGAAAGUUGAACAGGAGGUGGAGCUUCGAAUUGAUGAAAGAAAUGCUCUUCAGCAAGAAAUUUACUGUCUUAAAGAGGAGCUUAAUGAUGUGAAUAAAAAACAUGAAGCCAUGAUAGAGGAGGUCAGGUCAACUGACAUAGACCCACAGUGCUUUGGAUCAUCUGUGAAAAAAUUGCAAGAUGAGAAUUUAAGGUUGAAGGAAACUUGUGCGGCUGACAAAGGAGAGAAAGAAGCUCUUUUGGUAAAAUUGGAAAACAUGGAGAAACUUCUGGAGAAAAAUACUGUUUUAGAGAAUUCCCUUUCAGACUUGAAUGCCGAGCUGGAUAGUGUGAGAGGAAAAGUAAAUGUGUUGGAAGAAACAUGCCAAUCUCUUCUAGAGGAGAAAUCAAAUCUUGCUGCUGAGAAGGCCACCUUGUUUUCUCAGUUACAGUCCACAACUGAAAAGCUGGAGAAGCUAUCAGAAAAGAGCAACCUAUUGGAAAAUUCACUGUUUGAUGUGAAUGCUGAACUUGAAGGAUUAAGGGUGAAGUCCAAGGUAUUAGAAGACACAUGCCAAUCACUUGACCAUGAGAAGUCCAGUAUCUUUCAAGAGAAAGAAACUUUAGUUUCACAGUUGAACAUAACUCAUCAAACACUGAAAGAUCUUGAGGAACUGCACAGUUUAUUGGAAUUGAAGCAUUUGGAACUAAAAGGAGAAAGGGAGUCUGCACUUCAAAAGGUAGAAGAGCUACUAGUUUCCUUAUAUUCUGAGAGGGAAGAGAAUUCCAGAGUUUUGAAAUUGAAUGAAGAUGAAUUGGCUGAGAAGGAAUUACAAAUUCAUAUUCUACAAGAAGAUGCAAAUUGUAAGAAAAAGGAAUAUGAGGAGGAACUGGACAGAGCUAUACAUGCUCAUCUUGAAAUUUUCAUCUUGCAGAAAUGUGUUGAUGAUUUGGAGAAAAAGAACUUCUCCCUUCUAGUUGAGUGUCAGAGACUUUUGGAGGCUUCCAGAAUGUCUUACAAAAUGAUAUCUAAAUUGGAGACUGAAAAUGUUCAAAAGCAGGUUCAUGUGAAUUCUCUGUCUGAGAAAAUUAAAAUACUAAGGAUUGGGUUGAUUCAAGUGUUGAAGACUCUUGACAAUAACGGUGGGCAUUUCAGUGAAGAUAUGUUUGAAGAAGACCAAAUGCUCCUGAACCACAUAUAUGGAAAACUUCAGGAGAGGCAGAAAUCUUUUGACACAGUUUUCAAUGAAAGCCAACAAAUGGCCAUUGAGAAUUCAAUUCUGAUUACAUUCCUAGAGCAGUUGAAACUAAAGGUAGAAAAUCUUGUGACACAAAGAGAUUCCCUUGAUGAGGAUUUCAGUAUCCAGUCUAAGCAGUUCUUGGCAUUGCAAAUAGAGGUCCAAAAGGUGUUGGAAAAUAAUCAGGAGUUGAAGUUGACAAUAAGCAAAGGAGCGGAGAGAAUGGAAGUAAUGACAACUGAGAUAGACAAUCUACGGAAGCAGCUGUCAGACUUGGAAAAGAGUCACAACAAUUUACAGGAGGAUAGUUGCAAGAUAUUGGAAGAGAAGAAGUCCUUGACGAGAAGUUUUCUAUAUCUGGGUGAAGAGAAAAGUAACUUGGAAGAAGAAAUAUGUGUCAUGAUCCAUGAGACAAUAGCUCAAUCUAAUAUUUCCCUGAUUUACGAGAAUGUUAUCUUUGAAAAGCUCCUGGAACUUAAAGAGCUAGGUGAAGAUCUUGAUAAACAUUGUUCAGCAAAUAAUGACCUUGAUGAGAGAUUAAAAGUAAUGGUGUGCAAAUUAGAAAAUGCAGAAAUGGAAAAUUCACAUCUUAAAGAGUCAUUCAUAAAGUCAAAUGUUGAACUACAUUUAGUUGAAUCUAUCAAUGAUCAAUUGAGCUGUCAGAUUAGUGAUGAGAGGGAGAUGUUGCAUCAAAAGGAAAAUGAGCUGUUGGAAGCAGCUGAGAUGUUUCGUGUUUUACAUACUGAGAAAACAGAAUUGCAAAGAAUGGUGGAAGAUGUCAAGAUUAAAUAUGAUGAAGCCAGGGCGAUGCUUGAAGAACAGGCUAAUCAAAUUUUGAAAUUGUCCACAGACAAGGAUCAUCAAAAUGAAGAGCUCACAUGCCUGUGUGAAGUGAACCAGAAGUUGGAGUCUGAAAUGGGGUACCUACGUCAAGAGCUUGGAGAAACUAAACUGAGGGAAAAGAAGCUAGGUGAUACAGUACUUAAGGGAACAAAUGAGAUUGAACAAUGGGAAACUCAGGCUUCAACACUCUUUGCUGAACUUCAGAUUUCCGCUGUCAAUGAAACAUUAUUAGUGGGAAAGGUCUCUGAGCUAGCUGAGAUGUUUCGUGUUUUACAUACUGAGAAAACAGAAUUGCAAAGAAUGGUGGAAAAUCUGAAGAUUAAAUACGAUGAAGCCUGGGUGAUGCUUGAAGAACAGGCUAAUCAAAUUUUGAAAUUGUCCUCAGACAAGGAUCAUCAAAAUGAAGAGCUCAUAUGCCUGUGUGAAGUGAAUCAGAAGUUGGAGUCUGAAAUGGGGUACCUACGUCAAGAGCUCGGAGAAACUAAACUGAGGGAAAGGAAGCUAGGCGGCGAAGUACUUAAGGGAACAAAUGAGAUUGAACAAUGGGAAACUCAGGCUUCAACACUCUUUGCUGAACUUCAGAUUUCUUCUGUCAAUGAAACAUUAUUAGAGGGAAAUGUCUGUGAGCUAGCUGAGAUGUUUCGUGUUUUACAUACUGAGAAAACAGAAUUGCAAAGAAUGGUGGAAAAUCUGAAGAUUAAAUAUGAUGAAGCCGAGGUGAUGCUUGAAGAACAGGCUAAUCAAAUUUUGAAAUUGUCCACGGACAAGGAUCAUCAAAAUGAAGAGCUCAUAUGCCUGUGUGAAGUGAAUCAGAAGUUGGAGUCUGAAAUGGGGUACCUACGUCAAGAGCUCGGAGAAACUAAACUGAGGGAAAGGAAGCUAGGUGAUGAAGUACUUAAGGGAACAAAUGAGAUUGAACAAUGGGAAACUCAGGCUUCAAUACUCUUUGCUGAACUUCAGAUUUCUGCUGUCAAUGAAACAUUAUUAGAGGGAAAUGUCUGUGAACUAGCUGAGAUGUUUCGUGCUUUACAUACUGAGAAAACAGAACUGCAAAGAAUGGUGGAAGAUCUGAAGAUUAAAUAUGAUGAAGCCAGGGCGAUGCUUGAAGAACAGGCUAAUCAAAUUUUGAAAUUGUCCUCAGACAAGGAUCAUCAAAAUGAAGAGCUCAUAUGCCUGUGUGAAGUGAAUCAGAAGUUGGAGUCUGAAAUGGGGUACCUACGUCAAGAGCUUGGAGAUACUAAACUGAGGGAAAAGAAGCUAGGUGAUGAAGUACUUAAGAGAACAAAUGAGAUUGAACAAUGGGAAACUCAGGCUUCAACACUCUUUGCUGAACUUCAGAUUUUUGCUGUCAAUGAAACAUUAUUUGAAGGAAAGGUCUGUGAGCUUGCCGAUGCAUGUGAUAAUCUUGAACACAGAAACUACUCCAAAGACAUGGAAACUGAACAUCUAAAAGAAAGAGUUAGCAAGCUGGAAGUUGAAAAUGGAAGACUGUGCGAACAAUUAGCUGCUUAUGUUCCUGCUGCCAGUGCUUUGAAUGAUUGUAUAACAUCUCUGGAGAUGCAGAGUCUUGCACAUGAAAAGCCUCACGACUAUGAAGAAUCAAAGCAUUUUCAGGUUAAAAGUUUGGUGAAUAAUGAAUGCACUGAAAAUGGUCGACAAACAGAUGAAGAUCAGACUGUUAUGGCACCAGAUGCACUCUCUUAUUUCCAAGACAUGCAGAGAAGGAUCAAUGCAAUUGCAAGGACAGUUAAGCAGUUAAAUGAAAGUCUUAAACCGAAGAAUGAAGAGAACAUUCAAGCAAGCAAGCAUGUUACUCAAGCAGAUCAAGCAAGGCCAUCUAUCCCAGUUACCGAGAUUGAAGUUCUGCCGAAAGACAUCAUGCUUGACCAAAUAUCCGAAUGUUCGUCGUACGGGAUAAGUAGGAGGAGAGAAAUUCUUGAGGCUGAUGAUCAGAUGCUUGAGUUGUGGGAAACAGCAGAUAAGGAUGCCACGAUUGGCAAGCAAGCUGAAAAGACACAGAAGAUGGCUGCUGGCAAUCAUCAAAGAGGAACAACCAAGGAACCCAAAAAUAGGUAUCCUUCAACAGAUUCCUUGGUGGAAAAAGAGUUGAGUGUGGACAAGUUAGAGGUCUCAAGAAGAUUGACACUACCACGCGAAGAAGGGAACCAAAGCAAGAUUUUAGAAAGACUUGAUUCUGAUGCACAGAAGUUGACAAACCUCCAAAUCACCAUACAAGAUUUGAUGAAGAAAGUAGAGAUAAAUGAGAAGAGCACAAAAGGAAAAAGUGUUGAGUUUGGUGAGGUGAAAGGGCAGCUUGAAGCAGCUCAGGAGAACAUCACAAAGUUGUUUGACGCCAACCGCAAGUUGAUGAAGAAUGUGGAAGAAGGUACCGUGUCUUCUGUUGGGAAGGAUGCAGCAGAGUUAGGUGAAAUUGGAAGUGUCAGCAGAAGGAGAGUUUCAGAACAGGCACGGAGAGAAUCAGAAAAAAUAGGACAAUUGCAUUUGGAGGUGCAAAGACUGCAGUUUUUACUGCUGAAACUAGGUGAAGGAAAAGAAAACAAAGAGAAAACAAAAACGGCUGAUCGAAGUCCACGAGUCCUUUUGCGAGAUUAUCUCUAUGGCGGGACGAGAACCAACAACCAAAAGAAGAAGAAAAAGCUACCGUUUUGUUCAUGUGUGCGACCUCCCACCAAGGGAGAUUGAUUGUUACCAUAUAGUUUGAAGUAAGUGAGACGUUUAGCCUUCUUGUUUGUAAAUUUUUGUUUUUAAAGAUGCUUCAAGACCCUACAUGUUUUGAUCAUGCUGUACAUGUUGUGCCUCAUUUACUCGUAAGAAGAGGCCAAGGCUAGGAUGGAAUUUUUGCCAUUUUUUUCUGUAAUAUUUAGUUCUGAAUAAUCACCUCCUUUUUUUUUCUAUCUGGUUUAGAUGAGUAAUGAGUGCUUAGUGUUUUGGCUAUUACCUUGUUUAACAUUGUGGUGCAAGAGACUAUUCCUUAACAGAAGCAGGCUCACCAGUUUGCUUUCA